CUUGCCCAGCGCAUAUAACGUAGAGCAAAACACGCACCAUUCAAUUAUCUUUUGACGAUUUCCACAUAUUACAGUGUAUAGCUUCCAUUUGACACCCGUCCCUCCCAGCUCGUGAGAAUGGCUAGAGCCACGCUUCUCGCGCUCUCCCUGGCGCUUCUCCUCGCAGUCGCGCGCGCCGGCAGCCCCAUCACGAGCUCGUCCGCCAACGAGAAGCCCGACCAGAGCAGCAAGAAGGACGAUGGUCUUAUGACCGUAAUUCCUGCUGCUAUUGCGAAAGCCGCUGCGUCAGGCGACGCGGCUGGUGUUACCUACGUCGAUACCGCUCAGGAUACGUUUUUCAUGGCUGACGUGAAGAAAGCGGGGUGGAACGCGCAGAAGUGCCCGCCCGGUUUGAACAAGGAGCUGGCGGGAGCGUGCACGCCCAAGAACUGCUCCAAGGGUGGAAUCGCCGCCAAGUGGAAGACCGCCUACCUGCAAAAGAACAAGCUCGGUUACGAGCUGUACGUGCCGGGUAACCCGCUGACGCUGCUCAAGGCGAACCCCUCUUCGUGCUGCAACACGUGCGCCUCGACGCCCCUGUGCACGUACUGGCAGUAUAUCCCUGACAUCACGAUCGACGGGAAGAAGGGCAAGGGCGCGUGCUACCUGAUUCACGACCAGAUCGACUUCACGUGCGGAGAGAUGACCGCGCAGUACAGCACGGAGACGAAGCCCGUGCCCCUGCAGGUGCGCAUCGGCGGCGAGUGCAACCCCGCGGCGAAGAUCCUCAACGACCCGCAUCUGGUGGGCGCGCACGGCACGCACUUCGACUUCAACGGCCGCCCAGACAAGGCCUUCUGCCUGCUCACCGACCGCGACCUCCACGUGAACAUGCUCCUCCGCGGCUACUACGACGAGAGGACCGACAACGCGGCGCUGGUUGUUGACGGCAAGGCAGUGCACACGUGGAUUAAGGAGCUUGGCAUUGUCUGGACUGCCGGCGGCGUGGACCACAAGAUUCGGCUGGCGGCGCGCGGCGGCAAGCAGCAGGAGCGUGGCGAUGGAUUCAUGAAGAGCAUCGAGAUCGACGGCGAGGAGAUCCCUCGCAUGCAGGUCGGCGACAGCGUUACCGGCGCCGGCGGGCUUAAGGUCGAAUUCCGCGGGCUCGAGAAGGAGGGACCGUUCGAUGUUGACUACUACCUGCUCACGAUCGACGGCCUGGUUUCCCUUGAUCUCCGCCUCCGCGUGGCCCACCCCAAGCUGCAAACCCCGUCCGACGCCGAGGCGCACAUUAAUGUCGGAAUUGCGGAGCUGGAGCACACGGAGGAGAUUCACGGCGUGCUCGGACAAACCUACCGCGCGGAUCACACUCAGCGCGCCGCGGACUUCCAGCGCCUGAUCGCUAGCCUGCACCGUCCGAUCUCCGCCGAUGGCGCGGAGGGCAAGGGCUUCCUUGAUGGCACGCCCAGGUCGUACGAGGCGAGCGACGUGCUCGCUGUGGAUUGCGCUUAUACCGCGUACGGCCGCGCCAGACAAGUCAUGCCCGUGCAGCCGUAAAGAGCUCGGUUACAGCUCUACACGUGUAUUGUAUAGUGGGCUGAAUGCAUACAUAGGAACCUAGACUACAAGCAUGCUAAAGCCUGAGUUGGUGGGUCUCUAACUAAUGGUUACAUUUUUUUAUUAUCUGUUGGCACCAAUCAGAACCAAGGAAUAUUGACCUGUUUCAGCAUAAAAAAACCUCUGGGUC